UUAAAACCCCAUUAAACCCCACCUCGUUGUGAAUUCUCUCAAACCCUUUUUUUUUUUUACAACACCCAUUGUGCUUCAUGGAAGACGAUGAUACCAGCCAUUCAAGCAAUCAGUUCAAGGUUGAUGGCGAUCAUAACACAGUUAUUCAGCAAUUUCUGCCUAACAAUAUUUCCAUAAAGAGAGAACAGUUGUUUUGGUAUGAUAUACGAAGCUUCCCUGAUUCGUUGCUUGUCGAAAUUCUCGCUAGAUUACCUCUCAAAUCAAUUUUUAGGUUUAAACGUGUCUAUAAGCAUUGGCACACCCUAAUUUCCCACCCUUCCUUUUGCCGAUUCUAUUUCUCAAUUCUCAAUUCGAACGCAGCAUCUUUCAGAAUCUUGUAUAGAUACAUCUACCUAUCGAACUUCAAAGAGCUUCUUAAUCGUUUUCGCCCCGAAAUCCACACAUGUUCAGAAUUCUCUCUUCUUUUUCUUUCUAGCAUUGAAGAACACGAAGGACAACGACCUUAUCAGUUUAAGGUUUUAGCUAUGAGUAAUGGUUUGAUUCUGUGUUGUUUGUGGUCUUCAUCACCAUUUGUUUACUACGUCUGUGAUCCAGUCACUCGCCAAUGGAUCGUUUUACCUACAAGUACAUCCCAAUCGCAGUUUUUCUUCGGUGAAGGGCUUAUUACUAGGGUUAAUCAAGAUCAUAUACUUACUGAUUAUACAGUUGUUAGGGUCAAUUUUCCUGAAUCUCAAUCCAAUCAUCUGAAUUUAGAGAUGUUUUCAUCCGAAACAGGCAAAUGGGUCAGCUACGAGUUACAUUGCCCUACUCCCAUCAAACUGCGGAACAUUCAUGGUGGUGCCCCAAUUCAUUGUUACGAAGCUUUUCAUUGGUUGACUCACAAUCAUGGCAUGGUUGCUUUUGAUCCUUACAAAGAUCCGAAAUCUGUUCGCCUGAUUCCACUCCCACGUGACAGAGAUCUCGAAAGUGAACAUAAUUACGAUGGGCUUUAUCGAUUAUUUGAUGAAUGGCAUGGAACUCUUCGUUAUUUCGAGGUGGCUGAUGAUCCCACCAAGUUGUAUUUUCUGACCAUGUGGAGUAUGAAGGAUUAUGAGAAAGGAGAAUGGUGCUGUGAGUUUAUGGUGAUGCGUAGAGAUCUGGAAUUGAGUAAUUGGUUGUUGAAAGGGAAAUUUCUUCCGAUAUCGUUUCAUCCGUUGAAUCUGAAUGUUGUGUACUUGAGAUGCAUCGAGAUUGGGUGUAUUGUGUCGUAUGAUGUUGUGAAUAGAAGACUGGAUGUUGUUUGUAAGCUGAAUGGCGGCCUUGAAGAUGAAGAAGUCUUUUCUUGGCGUGUGGUGAUCCCGUUUUUGUUACCAAGGUGGCCGCAACCUCUCCCCGCCACCCCAAGAUCUGCCACUCCACCACCACCACCACCACUGCGACCAUGGUGAACUCAGUCGUGAGAAAGAGGAUUCUUAUCUCCUUUGUCUUUUAUCAAUAGCUGGGAAGUAUGCAAGAAAAGCCCAACCUAUUAUACUCUUACACGUUGAAAACCCCGUUUUAUAUUUUGUUUAGAAAAACACAAUCCAUUAUAUUUCACCUUUUUAGAAAAACAAA